CAUUGUAUUGAGCAAAGUAACAGUACUUAAAUAAAACUACAUGUUCCCGAAUUACCAACUACAUUUCCCAUAGUGCAUCUCUCGCGGUGCUGUGAGUCUUGAGUUGAUUUUUGACCCAAGACAGGUCAACUUACACUGAUUUGGAUAAAGAGCGUUUAAGACACUGAUGGAAACUCUAUAAAUUGUGCUGCAGGGAUCAUGCAGUGAAUCGCUCCUGGCACUGACUGGCACUACAGGACACUGCCGGGUUUCUCUUGUGCCUGAUGCCAGGAUGGCGGCAGAUGUCCACAAUAAGGGUGUAUCCUGGGAGAUUAAAAAUGGCAACUUGGCGCCAUCAGAUAGACUCCGGCAGGACCGAUCAGACAGUCCGACCCCCGGCCUGGUAGAGGGGACCGAGCCAGGUGCCGGACAGGAGGCCGCCAUGUUCGUUCACGCCCAGUCUUUUGAGGACCUGACUGCUGACAGUGAGUCUAACACUGAUGACAAAUCUGCAGAGGUGGGCGACUCUAAUCUAGAGAACGCUCAAAAAGCGGCUCUGGAAGGAGGUGAGGAGGAGGUGCAGGAGGAAAGCUUAGAGGCUGAACAGGAGGAGGUAGGCAAAGAGGAGGUGCAGAGCAGCAACAAGGCAAAAGAGGAGGAUGUGACCAGCGAAACGUGGCGGAGUCACAGGAAGCAUGUGUUUGUCUUGAGUGAGGCAGGGAAACCCAUCUACACACGCUAUGGCACAGAGGAGGCGCUCUCCAGCAUCAUGGGAGUCAUGAUGUUACUCAUGUCAUUUGUAGAAGAUAAGAAGAACAUCAUACGCUCCAUCCAUGCAGAUGGCUACAGGGUGGUAUUCCUGCGGAAGAGCCCUCUCAUCCUGGUGGGCGUCUUUCGUACGAGCUGCUCUGACCGGGAAUUGACACGAGAGCUUCAUUAUGUCUACUAUCAGAUCGUUAGCCUGCUCACUCUCACUCAGCUGAACCACGUCUUCCAGAACCGGCAGAGCUACGACCUGCGGCGCCUGCUGGCCGGCUCAGAGCACCUCACCGACAGCCUGCUGCGGCUCCUGGACCGAGAUCCGGGGCUGCUGCUGAGUGCCGUGAUGUGCCUGCCUUUGGCCAGCUCGGCCCGUGACGUGGUCUCCUCCAGCUUGCAGGCUGCUAAAGCCAAGAACCUGGUAUUCUCCAUCCUGCUAGCAGGAAACAGGCUGGUGACGCUGGUGCGCAAAAAGGACCAGUUCCUGCACCACAUGGACCUGCACUUGCUCUUCAACUUGGUCGUUUCUUCGUCCUCCUUCCGCGAAGGCGAAGGGUGGACGCCCAUAUGUCUGCCCAAGUUUAACCCGGCUGGAUUUUUCCACGCACAUAUUUCUUACCUGGAACCAGCCUCUGAUCUGUGUCUGAUCCUGGUAUCCACCGAUCGAGAGGAUUUCUUUAACCUCUCCGACUGCAAGAAGCGGUUUCUGGAGCGUUUGCGCAGACGCAGUGCAUAUCAAUCCCUGCAGGAAGCACUGAACACGCCAAGUUAUCCCGUCUCACAGGUCGGCAUACCUGAGCUGCGACACUUUGUGUACAAAUCUAAAAGCUCUGGGCUCUAUACAAGCCCUGACCUUCCUGCACCAUACCAGGAAGAAGAGGAGCACGAAAGGCUGAUGGGAUUGUACCAGCACCUGCACAGCUGCCUGCAUAACCCCACACGUCCCCUACGCUACAUUUACCGCUGUGCAGAGACUGAAAACCUUUAUGCCUUGGUAACAAGUGGUUUCGAGCUCUACCUCUGCUUCAGUCCUUUGGGAACAAAGGGACUCGCUGUAUCUGCUGUCAACAAACUCCUGAAGUGGAUCAGGAAGGAGGAGGAUCGUCUGUUCAUACUCAGUCCUUUAACAUACUGAGCCAGUUCAGGCAGUCCUAAACACCUGAAACAAUACAACACUAGUGAACGUCUGACCUCAGACUGCUGGAAGAGCAGCAUCUGUGACCCUAUGUGAUUGCAUGAAUAUGCGAAAGGAUGCUGUCAGAUAUUAAGGGCUUGAUUGUUAUUUUGAGGAAGGUUUGAAACUGAGUAUAAGGUGUGGAAAACUGUUGGGAAAGUAUACUAUAUUUACAAAUAAUUGCUUUUAAAUGUGGCCCUGUAAGCAGCACUAAACACUGAAGGCAGUAGAUUAGAACUACGCAAUCUAAUAAAUGCUUACAAUGUCUGUACGCUGCUGGAAACUGAACAUCUAGGCCUUCGCUUUUUAAAUAUAUAAUAGACCUGUCACUGUUUCAACCUAACAUCUAUAGUUUUAAAUGAGCCAAGUUAAGUAUUACUGAUUGCAUUAAUAGAUUAUUGAGCUGUGGCCUUCAUAUUUCUUUAUUUUCAUUAGAAGAUAAAAAACUCUGAUAAACAUUCAGUUUAUGUUUUCAGUUAGGUGUGAUGUGAUGGGACUGAAAGUAUAGCUGACCAAACUGACUAGCGUUUCUUUUUAGAGACGUGACUGACUAGGUGCAAACAUUGCAAAAACCCGAAGCACGGCUUGAUGUAAAGAGGAAUCCACUAGUGAAUUGCUCGGUGUAAAGAUCUCUCUGUCAUAGUGUCAAAAGUUUCAACGACUGACCAUGUGUUGCUACUGAGUGCCUCUUCAAAUCUAUUACUAAGGACCAGUUUCUUUUAUGUUUCAUAGUUGCACUUGAUUGUUAAUUUGUUACUAAUGCUUUCAUUUGAAUGAAUAAGUGACACUGUGUGUCAGGAGGGCUUCUAAUACACUGUGGUCUUUUUAUUCCAGUCCUAUGGGAAAUUGUGGGAUAACUGAUGUAGAUGAUAAUAAAUGCCAGAGGAAAGUAAUUUGUAUAUCUGGUGUUUCAAAAAUAUUUGUGGUGGUGGCAGCGCUCUUGCUUUGUUUAUUUUCUGUCUAACGCAAUUUUGACACAUGCAUCAAGAUGAAAUCAAUCUUAAGAAAUUAAAUGCAUUUACUGAAGACAUA